GAUUGAGGUGUAUGGUCUUCCGAUACUUUUUUCUCCCCGGACCGAUAAUGGUCAUGUCAAGACGCGGGAGUCGGAAAUGUGAUGUGGACGAGACGACUCGAGAAACCGAGCUACUUGUCCAUCUCGACCCUCGAAAAGGUUAAGGGACCAACUUUAAAUGGCACUGACCCAAUCAUCCCAAGACGAUCUUCUUUUGAUACACACCCGCUGCCGGCAGCUUUAGGGCUCUUAGAAGAUGUGCACUUAGUACUGAGGUGUUAUGGAAGAGGCGUGCAUAAGUGUACCGCGAGGCGCACCGACCCACGCCACCAUGUCGGAGACGGUGUCGACACCCGUCAAGCUGCCAGGCUUUGUCGAUGCCACCAAGCUUUUUGCCAAAGCUUGUGACAACCUUCCACUGGGAAAGCUCGUGCACCAACCAGGAUUCACCAUGAUGGACACCAUGGGAGCUGUUGAGGCCAUGGAACCUCGAACUGACACGGGUAUGGAAGCGCUGGAAAUAGACUUGCCCGUGCAAGACCAAAGGCCAUACGACUGCAGCGUUGCAUUCGACCCAGCCUCGCACUCUCAGGAAUACACCGUGGCAGAUGUUUGCUUCAUUAUGGACCGGCUUCUCGCGUGCGAUGUCGGAUACCAGUCCGCGAUGCCACUGUCUCGCACGUUGUACACGUGCAGAUGGUUGCACGAAUGUGACCAAUUUAUCCGGGAAGUUCUCCCUCAAGGACCAACUGUUAUGCAUGCUUUACAUGCAUAUGUCUCCUCAACUUGUUUUUCAACAAGUCUCAUUUGGAAAGAGUUGGUCAAGGGCAAUGUUUACGACGGUGAGGAUUUUCAAGGGGACAAGUCAGGGCUGAGCAUCUUGGACACACAUUGCACUUCUAGGGAGCAUGCGAUUGCUGGGCUCGAUGCUUCGUUGGCUCGAAUCACAUCAGACCCAGCUUUAACAGCUAGCGAGAAGGAUGCCCUCAAACUACGUCUCCUCUUCCGAAAGCACAUUUUGCUUUGUUUAGAUCUGCUGAGCGACAUUCCGCAAAGCUUCAACAGCGGAAAUAUCGCAGACCUUCCUGUUCACGUUAGGGGUGCCGAGUCCUCACUUCGGGCACUCACAAAAUCAGAGGAUUGCGUUGGAACACCGCCGGCAGAUGGCGCCAGGGCAUUGAAAAGACUGUCCGAGCCGCACCUUUCGCGUGCUCCAUCAGCACGGGCUUCAGCUGCAUUUGAUAUUGGGAUUCAUCGGCGACUCGCAUCGCACGUUCCUUCUCAGUCGAGAGCCCUCCCGAGCGCAAGCGAAGCUCUCGCUUUCUUCGACCGCUGGCUUCGAGGUGUGAAGCUUAUCAACGAGAUGCUGCAAAAACCAAGCUGGCGCUCCUGGCAUCAGUUGCUCGUCUAUGGAACCAAUCCCGGCCGUUCGGGGGACAAUUUGUCGUUUCUGGAUGCGCUUGGGGGCUCUACCCAGACGCAAGGAAAUAAUGAGAAACCCGCCUACAUCCGAUCAAUCAUGCAGAGCGCCAUCUGCAAUAGCCCAAACAACGUAGUCGCGGGCUGCAAGACACUAGAAUGGCUUCGAGCCUCUUUCUUGGCAGACUGCAUCGGUUUAAGUGCCGCCGAAAUGGACCAGCAGUUGCGCCUGUUGGAAAAUCUUCAGGCACCUGACGCACAAUCCUCACAGUUCGGUCUACUCGACGAAGAUGUCUUUGCUCUUCCACCCCGCCACCCAUCAGACGAACCUGGUGUAGUAAAGCGAGUCUUAACUCAGUUGUCUUGGGCGUUGCCGCAACUCUCCGGGUAUCUCGUCGAUUUCCUGUGUACCUUUUGCCAGAACGGGCCGCGCCAGCAUCGAAACUUUGCGAAAAGAUAUCAGCAGUGGGUCGCUCUGUCCGACUCAAUGGCCCAAAUCAGUGAGGACGCUGCUCUAUUCAACAGUGGUUGUGCACGGUCGAUCGAGAAGGUAUACGCUUGCGUCCAGUCAAUCACCAUGGAGAUCAUGCUGCAAGUUGUUCUUCUCGGCUUUCGCCUCCAACUAUACGCCCCGCCAGAAUUCCUAUCAGCAUACUGGGUGACGACGUUUUUGGCAGGCGAGCGUGGACUCCUCUUAAGUCACAUUAUGAAGCAAGCAAAAGCAAGCAGCAGCCCUAAUGCAGCCGACGGUGCAUUAUUGGAGUCCGUGCAGCUUGAGAUGGACAUGAUGACAGUUUUAAGCCAGCUAUCUGAAGGACUGUAUAGGCUCUGCUCUGGCCUAAAAAUUUGCUUCCAUGGUAGGCUCUAUGACGCAUCUUUCCGUUCCAGCGUCUCCAAGACUCAAUUUUAUCGUCGUUUCAAGUGGCUCAAAGGGUCACAACCAGCCGGGGUACCAUCCCAGCUGGACUCCCUCUGGCACCAAUGUGAAUCAUUCUUCGCGAAGGAAUGUUUGGAACCAAAGGGGGCUCAACUUGAGUUCGUUGAGGAUCUGUUCAUUGACACGGUUGAUGGUUCGAUGAGCCAUGAUGCCGGGCAGAGAGGGGUGGCAUGGGACUUUCUGCGAGCACUCGGACAGAACGCAGCGAUAUACCUUGAAAAAUGCAACGCUGUUCCCACCAAUGAAAAAUGCGCCCUGGAAAUGUCGUGGCAAGACCAGGCAUGCUUUCCCAAAAUUACCUUUGUAAACAUACAGCAAGUUUAAGUUGCAUGCGAUGUUCAAACGGAAUUUUCGCAGCCCAUGCUAUUUGGACUGGUUAAUCAAAUGUGCCCUCCACGGAUAUCU